AUGGUAGACACUAGCACAGCCUCCAUCAAGGUGGCCAGAGAUUAUUUUAAGAGUAGUCAAAGUACUGUCCUUAUACCAAACAGGGAUUUUGGAAAGAGGAAGUUUAUACAUGUCGGCAUAAAUAAGCAGCCGAGCAGUACCCGUCUAGCCCAGCGGUCAUCCCCGGAGCCCCCGGACACGUUGUCCUCACCCCUCAGUCUACUGACAGAUCCCACCAACCCGUUCAGCCUCAGCGGAAACAUGAGGGCAGCUAACAAGCAGUGGGUCCAUCCCCCAGAAACUUUGUUAAGGGGACACAUUGUGUAUAACGUUAAGUUUCUGGGCGAGAGUGAAGUUGAAAAUCCAAAAGGAACAGAGGUUGUAAAGGAUGCUAUCAGGAAAAGGAAGUUCAAUAAACACAUUAAAAAAGCGGAAGGCCAAAAACCACCAAAAGUAGAGCUAACUAUAUCUGCUGAUGGAGUCACUGUACAGGAUCCAAAAACAAAGAUGAUUAUGCAUCAAUAUGCAUUACACAGGAUAUCAUACUGUGCUGACGAUAAAUCUGACAAGAGGAUGUUUACUUUUAUAGCCAAGGCUGGUGACUCUAAUCAACACUUCUGCUAUGUUUUUGACAGCGAAAAGUGUGCUGAAGAGAUAACAUUAACAAUAGGACAAGCAUUUGACCUGGCUUACAGGAGAUUCCUAGAAACAUCAAGUCGCGAUUUUGAUCUGAAGAAACAGUAUUUGAUGCUACAAAAAAAGGUUCAAAGUCUGGAGAAAGAAAACCUUACCCUGAAGCUGAGAGUUCAGGAACUUGAGAGACAGCAAACCACGACAGACAACAUGAGAAAUCAACAGUUGCAGGCUGCAAAACAAUCUACAGUCGGACGACGAUUAGAAAAUCUGUUGUUUGAUGAAAACAAUACCUACAGUCAGCCGAAGACCAACGGAACAAAUGGCACAGUGCCCUCUAGUGGUCAAAGUUCUGGGAUAUUGUCACCACCCCCUCCUAGUUCAAGAUCAAGGACACACAGUCAGACACAGCCACUGCAAAUGACAUCACCCACUCAACCGACCAAUAGCCAAGCAGCAGCUGGAAAGGAUGCAUUUGGUGCAACACCAUUUGGCUCUAACCCAGUCGGAGGUCAAGCAAAGGAAGAUCCUUUUGGUAUGCCUAGCUUUAAUCCAAACAGUUCCAUGGAAAUUGACCAAGCUAUACAGAAUAUGGAUAAAUUUUUACUAGAUGCACAGGAGGGUUUCAGCAAAGGAUUGUCAAUGGGGUCAGAAGAUUUUUCCUUAGCAGAUCUUGACCCUCUAAGUCAGAAGUGAUGGAAGCAAUAAAGAUGGCUAAUAAGAAUGGAGACAACCCAACUGUCCUCAAAAUUCUACUGGAUUGAAUAUUGUAAAAACUUGAAAUGUUUUAGAAAUAUUGAAAUCUCCCAGAAGAUCAACAGAAUGUUUUACCUGUUAGAUUAAUGUCACAGCUGUUUAUGAAUUUAACAACUUCAUUCUUGGAGGUUCAGUCAUUAAUGUACCGAUAAUGCUCCUUUUUCCAGAAAUGUUUUCCACCACAUCAGCUAGCCAUUGUUGUACUACAAAUGCUAUGUGUCAUUUUGGUGUCAUUUUUUGACAAACUAAACAGAUGAUCCAAUCCAGUAGUGAUUUUAAAGGGAAAUAGAGGAUUGGAAACAAAAGCAAUACACUUUUACAUCAGACUCAACAAUAAAUCCAAGUUGCCUUGAUACCAAAGCUAUUUUGAAAAGUUCAAACAGGGGAGGUAAUCGUAGCGCUGUUGUCAAUUUAUUAUAAAAGUUUGAAUUAUUUGCCAUAUUAUGAAAUGAAGUGAAGGAUCAUAAUAUUUUGUAUGUCAUAAUACAUUACAAAAAAUAUCUUGUUAUAGAACAUGUUCAUUGUCUGUCCAUGGCCUAUAUAUUAUAUGAAUACAUUUGCAGGCAUUUGUAGAUCAUAUGUUUAAAUUCAACAGCUUGAUAAUUGAUGUUUUGUUAAGCCGUGUGAUAUGUAUAUCAAGUGGAAGUUCUUGUUGCACAUUUGUUGCAUGUGUUGGCAUUCAGAGUCUGUUUUGAUAUUCAUGCAAUACAAGCUCCUGAAACUCUAGCAGUUACCUUUGAAAACUAACAAUUGAAACAUCUCAAAUUUGAUCCAAAAUGCAUCUGAAUAAUUGGAAAAGUUGUUAGUUUGUGAGCUUGACAUGCCUUUUCAAAUCUUUCAAAUAUUUUUAAAAUCUUUGAUUUAAUUUUGUAAGUUCUGGCUUCAUCUCUGAUUUUUCU